AUCUUCUUCUCUUUUAAAUCUUGAGUGAAAGUGGUGUUGUUGUUCUUUCUCUUCAACGUAAACCCUAAUUUCCUCUUCACUUACCCAAAUCUUUACAGUAAAAAUUUACUGGUGCACCUGGCUACAACAGAUCAUUUAUGGGUAAGAGAACGAGAUCAAUGAUGAUGGUGGUUGAAGAGGAGGAGGAUAGAAUUUCGAAACUACCCAAUUUUGUCAUAAUACACAUACUGUCAUUUCUUCCGACUAAGGAUGUGGUUCGGACUUGCCUCCUUUCAAAACGUUGGAAACUCAUGUGGUAUUUCGUCCCUAAACUCUCUUUCUCCAAUACUGAAAAUCAUUUCCAGGAAGAGUUCUUCCAUUUUGUGGACAAGUGUUUGGAACACCGUAACAUAGUUAGGCACUUUGUCCCUGAAUCGAUGGUAACUAGUUUUGAGCUUAAAAUGUAUUUCUAUGAUAGAAGUUUAGUUGACCGCUUAGACAAAUGGUUAGCUUUUGCAGUUGACAAUAAGCUUCAGAAAAUAAACCUUUGUUUGGGCAUAGAGAGUAAAGAUAAUCAAUUUUACUACUACCGCUUGCCUAAAACUCUAGUACUCAAUGCAAAACACUUGACUAGUUUAGAGUUGAGUUAUUUGGAGUUGGAUUCUCGUUACUCCUUUAGUUUUCCAUCCUUGAAAUCGUUGUCGUUGCUUUAUGUUCAGCUUGCUGAUAGUGAUGUGGUAGAAAAGUUGUUGUUGGGUUCCCCUUCCCUUGAGAGUUUGCAGCUAUGUCGUUUACGUCCUUAUCCGGAUCAUCUCCACAUACACAAUUCAAGCAUCAAGUUCUUGCAAAUUACAUUGCCUUGUGAUACAGCAUUACAAAUUGAAGUGAUAAAUCUUGAAUCUUUAGAACUAUAUGGUGUUCCCUUUGAAAAAACAAAUUUCUCUGUAUGCAAGGCAAUUAGAAAUCUCGUAUUGUUUUGUGAUUUUGGUUCAGAAGAGUCGCCAUCGUUAGAAUAUCUAAUUUCAAACCUUCAUCAACUUGAGAAUUUGACCUUGGCCAGUUCAAAUGUGUUGCCAUUGAGGCACCUUAAAAUUUCCAAUCAUCACUUGAAAAGUUUAAGGUUGAGGUUUACUAGUUUUAUAAAGGAUGUAAGAAGACUUAGAAGAGUAAUAAUUGAAGCUCCAAAAUUAGCAUCCUUUCGUUAUAAAGGAAAUAUCUAUAGUAGUAUAUCAAUACAGUCAUCCAAUUUGUUGGACGGAAAUUUCAUUAUUGUUGAUCCGUUUAAGAAAUAUGACUCAGAUUGGUUUAUCGAUAUGAUGAAUUUUCUUGUAAAUCUCAAUUGCUCCUGGAAUAUGUUGAGCAUGCAUAUUGACUCAGAAAAGGCCCUCAUAUUCCCAGAGAAAAUGAAGAAUAUAUGUCGUUCUCCUUUAGUUAAUUUGGAGCAUCUUAGGGUUUUCACUAAUCGUAAACUAGAAAAGAAAUCACACUUGAAAGAGUCUAUGUUGUGGGCUUGUCCUUCUUUAAUGGUUAUAUCUAUAAAGCAAGGGCAAGGGCCAUCUUUACGUUUUCUACCGGAAAGGCCAUCUACUUGUUGCUUUUCAACACUUUAAUGAAUUGGCAUGUUUACUUUGGAUAGGAUACUUUAAAUUGUAGAUUGGAACUGCCAAGAAGUUAUGUAGUUUAGAGCUAAUUUGCUGAAGAGUUCUACUUUUGAGUUUGGUUUGUGAGAUCAUAAUGAGAAUAUUUGCAACUUUAUAUAAUGUUAUGUAGA